GCCGGGCCAAGCUCUAACCCCAUUGUGAUAAGACUACGUCGAAUUCGAAACGGUAGAGGAGGCGUCGUGCUCCAGCCCUCGCUUUGCGCAUGCGCCUUCAUUGGAAAGGCGACCGUGGUGGGGAUACGCUUGAGCAAAGAGCGAAUCUUUGUUGGGUACUCGUGGGGUCCUUCUGCUGGGGCAGGCUGAGGUACUUCCGGGUCGUCACCGUCUACCAUUUCCUGGCGUGAGCCAUGUCUACCCUGUUCCCCUCACUACUUCCACGUGUCACUGAGUCCCUAUGGUUUAACCUGGACCGACCCUGUGUGGAUGAAAACGAACUACAGCAGCAAGAACAGCAGCAUCAGGCUUGGCUCCAGAGUAUUGCCGAGAGAGACAACAACCUAGUACCCAUUGGGAAACCAGCUUCAGAGCACUAUGAUGAUGAGGAAGAAGAGGAUGAUGAAGAUGAUGAGGAUAGUGAGGAAGAUUCAGAAGAUGAUGAGGACAUGCAGGACAUGGAUGAGAUGAAUGAUUAUAAUGAGUCCCCUGAUGACGGGGAGAUUAAUGAGAUGAGCAGAUAGUCUCAGUGAAGAGAAGUACAAGCCCACGGUCAUUCAGCUAAUAAGUGGAACUCAAACAAGGUCAUCUGACCUGUGUGGGAGCUUGUUGAGACAAGUGUGGGCAGCAGCAGAAAAAAGAAAAAAAAAAGAUUAGACUGAAUCAGAAGAACUGGCUUCUGCUCCGUACUAGCUUGUGUGACCUUGGACACAUCAUGCCAUCUUUGAUCUAUGUUUUUUUUCCUGUAAACCCAGCUCUCACUUUCUAGAAUCCCGUGACUCUUGGGCUCAGUAUUCUUCCCACUUGAUCACUUCUGGAUCCCCUUUUCCUUUGCUCAUCCUUCUUCAUAGGAUGCUGUAAGUGCCAGAAGGAAAGACCAAAUUUAAAUCUGGGGGACCAGAGGAAAAGGGGAAAAUGAAUUGUUGAACUUAAAGGAAAGAUAAGGAAUGGUUGGAGAAUUCCAUGAGUCUGGAAAAAUAGCCGUAUAAAUUGAUACUAUGCUCUUUCUGCCAUGGUUCUCUCACCUCUACUCCUACCUAUCUGGAAGGGAAACAGGAAUCUGAGUGAGCGCACCUCAGCAGGAACCCCAGCCAGGUAAACUGGGGACUUGACUAGAGAAAAGGAAGUAAUAAUAGCUUCCAUUUCCUUAGUGCUUGACAUUUUGCUCACAACAACCCUGUGGCAUAAGUAUUCCUUUUUAUAAAUAGGUAAACAGGCUAAGAGAGGGGAGUGACUUGUCCAAGGUCACUGAACCAGCAUUAAGCUGAGUCUUGGACUUGGAUCUCUUGACUCCAGUGUUCUUUCUUUCUUUUUUUUUUAAAACCUUUACCUUUUAUCUUAGAAUCAAUACUGUGUAUUAGUUCCAAGGCAGAAGAGUGGUAAGGGCUAAGCAAACAGGGCUAAGUGACUUGCCCAGGCUCACACAGCUAGGAAGUAUCUGAGGCCAGAACUGAACCCAGGACCACCCAUCUCUAGGCUUGGUGCUCAAUUCAUUGAGCCACCUAACUGCCCCCUCCAAUGUUUCUAAUACACUGAAUGCCUCUCUACUUGGAUCUCUUCUCCUGGCUCUUCUCUUUGUUCCUCCCUUCCCUAUAAGAGUCAUGAGGCAAAGCUAAGCCCAGGCCUCAGUGGGGCCAGAAAUCUGUGAGAGAGGAGACCUUGCCUGGGCAAAAGAGGAGCCAAGAGAAGGAAGUGGCAGGAAGCAGCCUUACCAAUUGUUCCCUCAUUCUGCCAGGCUCAGUCUGGCCCUCACUCUCUCUCCCAGUCUGCUUGGGAAGCAGUGCUUCUUCUGCAGUGCCAUAUUGCAGGAGGCAGUGUGCUAGGCUAGGCAGAGGGUUGAGUUCGGUGUCUGAAAACUUGGGGUCAGAUCCCAGUCUGCUAUUUAUUACCUGUAUAACUUUGGCUUCAGGUUUCUUCUCUGUAAAGGAGGGUUUGAACUAAAUGAUCUCUAGGGUCCUUUCCAUCUCCGCAUCCUGUGAUCCUCAGAAGAAUGGACCUUCCUCAGCUUGACCCCAAGUAAGUGAGUUGGGCUAGACCAUCACGGAUGGCAGGGAAGUACUGAAGGCCAGUGUGGUGGAGGCGACAGCGGUAACGACCACAGGUCUUGGUGUACUGCAGGAAGCGCGGUGCCCCAGGAAAGAGCACAUGGUCUGCCAACACAGUGGCACCAGCAGGAAGCAGAGCAUGGGCUUCCAGGAGCUGCAGGUCCCUCAGGUAGCAGCGAGGUCGGUGCCCCAGUAGCACUAGUCCAGCCUGACAUAGUCCAUAUUGGGCCUGCAGGUGAGGGAUCACCUCCUCAGAGCGCCCCACAAUCAGUUCCACCUGCCAGAGGAGGACAUGUGAGAGGGGAAGAGUGGGAGAAGAGAGAGAGAAGAGGAAAAGUGCAAGGAGGGAAGAGGUGGACAGAAAGACAAGAAAAACAGCUAGUCCUCGUACUGGGAGGCCUUCCUUCCCUCAAGAGACGGUCAUGCAGGGAGAAUAAAAAUCCUAGUUCUAGCUUGAUUAGUCAUUUUUAUUGUAAGCUUCGUUAAGUCUCUCCCUUCUCUAGGCUUCAGUUUCCCCUUCUUUUUUUUUUUUUAAAUAACCCUUACCUUCCAUCUUGGAGUCAAUACUGUGUAUUGGCUCCAAGGCAGAAGAGUGGUACGGGCUAGGCCAUGGGGGUCAAGUGACUUGCCCAGGGUCACACAGCUGGGAAGUGUCUGAGGUCAAAUUAGAACCCAGGACCUCCCAUAUCUAGCCCUGGCUCUCAAUCCACUGAGCUACCCAGCUGCUCCCUCAGUUUCCCCUUCUUAAAAAAUUAGGUAGUUGAACAAUGAAGAACCUUUUCUCUCAGAACCUUUUCACAGUAGAUAUUCUGUCUGAGCUCUACUAUUCCAGUAUAUAUUCCAAGAGUCCUUCUAGUUCUAACACUGUUCCAUGUUCUAAGGGCCCCUUGCAGUUUUAAUAUCCUACUGUUUUACUUUCACUCCCCAAGGCAGAGGCUUUCAUGGAUGGUUACAUGAGAAGGUGUCGGGAUGGAGAGAGCAGAAGGACGUUGGCAGGGAAUGACUUAGGCUGUUUGGGACCAGAACUUGUGGAUCAAGCCCCCAAGAGAGAGCUAGACAAAGGAAUGGAAAGGAUUCUGACCUUGCAUUCAUCAAAGCCUGAGAGGCGGAUGACUUUUUCUGCCACAGUUGCUACCCGAGGGUCCAUCUCGAUAGUGAUGACCCUGCUGCCUGGAGGCAGGGCCUGAGCAAUGAGCAGUGUGGCAUAGCCACAGCGAGUACCCAGCUCUAGCACACAUUCUGGGGCCUGUUGAGUUAUCAGGCGGGUCAGGAUCUGACCUGAGGGGAGAACAAGCAACAGGCUGGAACUGGGGAGAACAAAAGGAGGAGAGCCAGCCCCUUGUCCUCAGAUCUAGUUUGAGGUGGAACACAAAACUUCUACCUUGUGAGAACCUGAGUCUGAGGACACAGAUGCUGAGGUCCCAGGGCAAAUGAGUGGCAUUUCUAAGACCAGAACCCCGACCUCUUCAUGGGCUGCCCAGGACGUUUCCCCCCUCAGCAUUUUUAGCACAGCAGCGUGGGGUAAUGGAAAGGGCACUGGAUUUGGAAUCUGAGGACUGGGGUCCCAAGUCUUCUACUUCUACAUAAGUAACUCUAGGCCUCAGCCUUUUCCUCUCUUUGGACUUGGGGAUUUCUAAGCUUUCUUCCAACUUGAAAUCCUCUAACCCUUAUCAGGAUGGCUCCUAGGAGGGUUUCUGAGAGGAAGUGAGUGUAGGGUAGACCUGACCUUUGAGAGGCCCAAGAUGGGCCAGGUAUUCGCAGUGACUGCUCCAGUGGUCCAAGGUGUUGAGGAUGUGGCCAGGGUCUCCAGGCAGGGCAUUGGUCAGCACAUAGCUAAAAGCCCGCUCCUCAGGCCGCAGCCCUGUCAAGCAAUCACGGAUCCCCCGAAGUAACACAGCCCGGAUCAGGAGUCGGAAGUAGUGGCGGUAUCGGGCCAACAAGGUCACUACCAGUGGUAGGAAGGCCAGUGCAAUAGCAGGAGACAUGUUCCUGCUGCCCCAGGACCCUGCAGGAGGGAGAGGACAGGAAGAAAAGGGCACACAGUGGGAACAAGAGUUGUGGAAUAACAGGACCUCAGAGUCCUAGUCUGGUCCCAUUUGUGAAAUCUUUGUGCCAGCCUCCCUGGUGAUGCACCUGGCUACAAGUGAGCAUUCCUUUUAAGGCCAUACAUUGAGCCAGGCCUAGAAACUAAGUCUACUGACUCCCAACACAUAUGCUUCCCAUUAUAUUUCUAGAUUUCCUAAUAAAAAAAGUCACCUUCCCAAAUUUGGGAACUAUGGAAAGCCCCACACCCCAUUACCAUAUGAAGAAAAAAAAAUGAGCCAGAAACCCUAGAUUCUCAUUCCUCUGUUCCUUUCUCCCCAUUUGGGGUUCGGGGUUCCAAGGGCUCCUGCUUACCUGAUCUGGAGAUUGGCUGGGGGGAGAUGAAGAUGAAGUGCACAGACAGAUGCUCCAGGAGAGGUAGCCACUCGACAGCCACUCACGUUCAAUUAUUAACCAUCACUUGAGAAUGUGAGCUCAGGUUACCACAGGCCAGGUGGAAGCUGGAGCUGUUUCUCUGGCCUCCUCCCACCCCCAUGCUGGCUACUUCCUGGUUUACCUUCUUCAGGUAUGGCCUGUCAGAACUCUUGGAGCCUACUUUUUAGAAAACAAGGGGUUGGAUUACAAUCAUGCUUCCCCAAACAGUUCCUUUCCCAAAAGAUUCAAAUGGGCAUUUCCCUGCCCUACAUGAAAGAAGCAGCUCUGGUAGUGGGACAGGUUUGUGUGACUUGGGUUCAGGUACAAACUAUCACAUGACAAUUGUGUGAUCUAGAGCAUCUCAUUUUUCUUCCUCUUCUCCUUUUUCUUCUUCCUUAUGAUGGGGUUGAAUUGAAUAGUUUCUAAGGCCUCAUUUAGCUGACCUACUAAGUCAGAGUGUCAAUUGAUCAAAGACUUAGAGCUGUAAGAGAUCUCAGAGGUCAUCUAGACCAACCUCCUCGUUUUACAAAUACAGAAACUGAUGCCUAGACAGUCAAGUGACUUCCCCAAGGUCACCAGGCAGGUAGUGAGAUAACAAGGGUCCAAACACAGGCCCUCUGACUUCAAACUUGGUGCUUUUUCUUGCAAGUUCCCCAUGGAUUCUAAUUUGCCUUCUCCGUUUGUCUGAAAUUCUCUGAACCAUUCUUCUGUUUCUUAAGCAGGACUCAAAGUAUUCCUCAUUUAGUGGGCAGUGAUGGUCUCUGAAAAGGGCUAUAACUGCAUAUUAAGGUCCUUGUAUUUUCCCUGGAAGGCCGUCUCUAACCAUUGCUCCUAGUUCUUGAGCUGCAAGAUGCUGUCUCCUUUACAAACAUGUUUUUCUCUUCAUCUUCAGUCCUUCUCUCUCUAGGAUAACUUAAUUUUAUUUUUUAAACCUUUACCUCCUGUUUUAUAGAGAUAAGGACUAGGCAUUUGGGGCUAAGUGACUUCCCUAAAGUCACAUAGCUAAGAAGUACUUGAGGCUAGAUUUGAAUUCAAGUCCUCGGAACUCCUGGCCUGGUACUUUCCCACUGUGCUAUCUAGCUUCCUGCUCCAUAAUAAUUUUAUUUUAUUUUAAAACCCUUAUUUUCUUUUUUUAAUUAAAGAAUGUGAAAAGUUUCUUAACCUUUUAUUAUGAAAUAAAUGAGAUAAUACACAUAAAGAAUAUACAAACUUAAAGCACUACAUAAAUUCUUAGUGUUAUUGCUAAUUACACUAUCCAAAGAGGCCUUUCUCCUUGUAAAGGCUAAUAUUUCUAACUGUGUCCAUCUUUCUAUCUUCCCUGGGAGCUUUCCCUUUUGAUCAUGUCAUCUCUCAUCUUUAACUUCUUUUUAUUUCCUGGUUCUUCUGAUCCCUACAAACAUUCCCAUAUGUACCUUAUUCUUCAAAACAAAACAAAACAAAAAAACCCAAACCUUUUACUUGAACUUGCAAUUGCUUCAAGCUACUGUCCUAUAUCUCUUAUCCAUUUCACAGUUUAACUCUUAGAAAGAACCAUCUACAUCCCUUGCUUCUACUUCAUCAUUUCCCAUUAAUUUCUUAGUCUUUUGGCAAGUCCAUCAUGAUACUGAAAUAACCUUCUCCAAGAUUAGAAUCAAUACUAUGUAUCAAUUCCAAGACAGAAAAGCAGUAAGGGCUAAGGUAUUGCCCAGGAUCACCACAGCUAGGAAGUAUCUGAGGUUAGGACCUCCCAUCUCUAAAUCUGGCUCUCAAUCUACUGAGCCAUCUAGCUGUUGCUUCCAAGAUAAUUUUAAAUUCCCUUAACAUCUCCUUGUAUACCUUAAGUGACUUAAGAACCAGUUUCCAAACAUUUCCCACCAUAAUUAUCUCUAGUUUUCUGGAAUAUGCCACUUCAAAGUGGCAGUUUAUUUAAUAUAGAUAUUGCCUUUUUUUCUUUGAAGCCCUUAGGCUAUACUUCAGUUGACCCUAUUUUGUUCAUAGCAUUAUUAUAUAUAAGGUUCUCUCAGUACUUUCAUCAUAUUAAUCAAUAUGCAAACCUCUAAACUAACAGUCCCCCUAUGAGUCCUAUCCUUAUUGUGCCCUAACUUUGCAGAAACCAAGGCAGCCAUGGUGCUACUUAACUUAUCAUAAAGAAUAACAAACUAUAUUUCAAUGAUACCUUGAUAGACAAAGAAUGCAAGUUAAUUCAAAACAAUUGCUUUGCUCUCUAAAAGCCACAUUAGAAAGAAAACCCUGCUGCUUAAUCACAAAAAAAGGGGGAAAAAUAAAAGGAAAACUGCAAUGGAGAGCAGCAGUGCUAGUACAUUAAAAAACAAACACAAAGAUCCUAUAGCAUCCCCCUGAACCUCCCCUCCCCUGCCCUGCCUUCAUUGAGUCUUUUGAAAACUGCUCAAAGUUCAAAGCCUGUGAUGGAUCAGCAUCCACUCAGUUUCAAUAGUACUUAACUUCACCUUCUCUGAAAUUAUAUCUUUUGUAUUUACUUUACAAAUGAACUGAUGCUGAAUCUUUGCUGAAUAUUCUUUCCAUGGUAUCGUGGAGACAAUGUCCUUAUAUUAAAGGUAUCAUGGUCUCGAGGAUUUUUCAUUUUGUUCCAAUUUUGAGAAUGAACCGCUACAAGCCUGGCCCAGAGCAAGUCCUGGUCCCUACAGCUACUUGCGCCUUUCUUUCAAGGUUACUCUGUACUUGCUCUGUAUGUUUAUUUUAUAUAUAUUCUCUCCCCUAUUAGAAUGUAAGCUCCUUGAGGGUAAGGCUAUUGAUCUUUUUUUUUUUUUGCUUUUUGAGGUAAGGAAAUUUCCCCAAUUUUUGUUGUAUCUAAUGACUACUAUAGUACCUAGCAAGUAAUGUUUAAUAAAUGCUUGAUUUCUAGGACUUAGUUUAUUUAGCUAUUCCUUUAUUAAAUAGGUACCUACUUUCUAGUUCUUUGUUAUUACAAAAAGUAGUUAUAUUUUGUAUACAUGGGACCUUUAGUAGUGUUAUUACUAGGUCAAAAGUUAUGUAUAUUUUAGUGUUAUUAUAAAUUGAUAGCUGGCCUUGGAACCAGGAAGAUCAGUUUAAAUAUAUAGCCUCUGAUACUUACUUAGUGACCUUCAGUCACAUCUUCCCAGUGCCUUUAAGGCAACUCUCUAAGGCUACAAGUUGCAAAGAAGAUACCAGUCUACUUUGAUGAAGAGCUGUUCUUCAUCCUGAAUUUCCUGUCAAUGAAACCACAGGAAGUAGUAUAUUUUAGUAUAUUUUUAUUUUAUAUUUUAGUAUAGAUGUUUUAAGGCUUUUUAAAAAAAAUAUUUUUCCAUGGUUUCAUGAUUCAUGUUCUGUCCCUUUCCUCUUCCUCCUCCAUUCCCAGAGCUGACAAGCAAUUCCACUGGAUUAUAUAUGUAUUAUCAUUCAAAACCUAUUUCUGAAUUAUUCAUUUUUAUAAUAAUCUUUUAAAAUCAAACCCCAAAUCAUAUGCCCAUAUAAACAAGUGAUAACUCACAUGUUUUUCUUCUGCAUUUCUACUUCCACAAUUCUUUUUCUAGAUGUGGAUAGCAUUCUUUCUUUUAAGUACCUCAGAGUUGUUCUGGAUUAUUGCAUUGCUAUAAGUAGUAAAAUUAUUUCAUUUAAGUGUCCAUCAAUGUUUCGGUUACUGUGCAUGUUCUUCUGGUUCUGCUCAUUUCACUCUCUGUUAGCUUGUGUAGGUCCUUCCAAGUUCUUUUAGAAAUCAUGCAAUUUACCAUUCUUAUAGCACAAUAGUAUUCCAUCACCAUCAUAUACAAUUGUUCAGCCAUUCCCUAAUCGAGGGAAAAUUUCCAAAUUUUUUGCCACCACAAAAAGCGCAGCUAUACAUAUUUUUAUACAAACAGAUCCUUUCCCAUUUUAAAAAAUCUCUUUGGGACACAGAUUUACUAGUGGUAUUACUAGAUCAAAGGGCAUGCAUUCUUUUAAAGCCCUUUGGGGGAAAGUAAGAGGGGAGUGGCAAAAUUAGGCCACUAAUGCAUUGCUGGUGGAGUUGUGAAUUGAUCCAACCAUUCUGGAAGGCAAUUUGGUAUUAUGCCCAAAGAGCUUUAAUAGACUGCCUACCCUUUGACCCAGCCAUACCACUGCUGGAAUUAUACCCCAGAGAGAUAAUAGGGAAAAAUACUUGGUACAAAAAUAGUCAUAACCACGCUCUUUGUGGUGGCAAAAAAUUGGAAAAUGAGGGGAUGCCCUUUGAUUAGGGAAUGGCUGAACAAAUUGUGGUAUCUGUUGGUGAUGGAAUACUAUUGUGGUCAAAGGAAUAAUGAACUGGAAGAAUUCCAUGUGAACUGGAAUGACCUCCAGGAAUUGAUGCAGAGUGAAAGGAGAAGAACCAGGAGCUGGAACGUAACAGACUUCUGUACUAGCAGCAAUGCAAUGAUCCAGGACAAUUCUGAGGAACUUAUGAGAAAGAACACUAUCCACAUCCAGAGAACUGUGGGAGUAGAAACACAGGAGAAAAAUAAUUGCUUGAUCACAUGAUUCGAUGGGGAUAUGAUUAGGGAUCUAAGACUAAAUGAUCACUCUAUUGCAAAUAUUAAUAAUAUGGAAAUAGGUCUUGAUCUUGAUACAUGUAAAACCCAGUGGAAUUGCUUAUUGGCUACGGGAUGGGGGAGGGAGGAGAGGAGGGAAAGAACAUGAAUCAUGUAACCAUGGAAAUAUAUUCUAAAUUAAUUAAAUAAAAUUUUUAAAAAGCCUUUUGGGCAUAAUUCCAAAUUACCUUCCAGAAUGGUAAAAUUACUUUACAACUUUACCAGCAAUGCAUUAAUAUCCUAAUUUUGCCACAUUCCCUCCAACAUUUAUUAUUUCUCUUUACUGUCAUAUUGGCCUAUCUGCUAGGUGUAAGAGAUGUUUUGAUUUGCAUUUCUCUAAUCAGAAGGGAUUUAGAGCACUUUUCCAUACAAUUAUUAUUUUUUUAAACUCUUACUUUCCAUCUUGGAAUCAAUAUUCUGUAUUGGUUCCAAGGCAGAAGAUUGAUAAAAGGCAAUGGGGGUUAAGUGACUUGCCCAGGGUCACAGAGCUAGAAGCGUCUGAGGCCAGAUUUGAAUUUUGGACCUCUCAUCUUUAGACCUUGUUUCCACUGAGCCACUCAGCUGCCCCCCUCCAUAUAAUUAUUGAUUUCUUCAUCUGAAAGCUGCCUAUUCAGAUCCCUUGACCAUUUGUCAAUUGGGGAAUGGCUUGAUUUCUUGACUUAGUUCCUUAUAUAUUUUAGAAAUUAGACCUUUGUCAGAGAAUUUUGUUAUAAAAAUUUCCCCCAGUUUCUUGCAUCCCUUCUAAUUUUGGUUGCAUUGGUUUUGUUUAUACAAAAACUUUUAAAUUUAAUAUAAUCAAAAUUACUCACUUUAUAUCUUAUAAUGUUGUUUUUUUUUAAACCUGAGAACACAUUAGCUCAAAGCAAAAAACUGCAAAACUAUUGACAAGAUAGAUCUACCCCAUACAUCCACAUAUGGGGUCAGGGUGUUCUUCCUUUUCUAUACUCUUUCUUUCCCUGAUUACAUCUUGACUGUGCAGUUUCCUUCUCUGAUUCCCUCUGAAGGCAGGGCCCAAAUCUGCUUCUCUUCUGUCUCCCACACAUUGAAACCAAUUUUGGGCAUUAAAUACACUGAUGGUUUAAAUAAACUGAAGUUUUUGAUCAUAGGCAACAACAUGGGAGCUUCAGUCAUAUGCUAUGUUAUGAUACAGGAUAGGAGCCCUGCCUGCUAAAUUCCAGGAAUCAUAAAAGAGCAGUAAGGAAUCUUAGGAAAUAUAAUAUAAAGUAUCAGAUCCAGAAAGAAUCUUAGAACAAAGAAUGUAAGGGCUGGUACUUUAGAAGAGAGAAUGUGGUCUGAAUUUACAAGUCUACUAAAACUCCAGGAUCUCUUUUCACGGAGACAACUGUGAUCAUUUCACUCCCAUCCUGAAUGUCAGCUGAUUUUUUUUUCUUUUCAAAAAUAUUUUUUAUGUCUUUUUUAUAUACCAUAUCUCCCUGUAUCCUCCCUAUUAAAAGAGUCAUCCCAUACUACAAAUAUUUUUCAAAAGAGAAAAAAUCAGGAAAAUUGAUCAAUGCAUAGAAACUCUGGAAAUAAAGUAUGUGCAAUGUAGCACACUUGUGGACCUACCACCUGCAAAAGGUGAGGUUAGAAUGUUCUCAUACCUCUUUUGAGCCACACUUGUUCUUCAUAACUCUGCAACAUUCACUUUUGGGGUAGUUGUUUACUUUGUAGUCAUUGUUUAUAUUAUUUCUUGGCUUUUCUUACUUCACUUUGUAUCAGUUCAUACAUAUCUUUCCAUGCUUCUCUAUAGUCAUUAUAUUCACCAUUUCUUAUAGCACAGAAAUAUUUCAUCGCAUCCAUGUACCACAAUAUAUUUCACUUUUCCUCAGUCAAUGGGCAUCUACUUUGUUUUCAUUUUUUGCUAUUAGGGAAAUUGCUGCUAUAAACAUUUUUGUGUAUAGGGUGAUUUCUUAUCAAUGGCCUCUUUGGGGUAUGAAUCUAUUUAGUAGAGUUUGUAGGAUUCAAUUGAUUUUUAAAAUAUUCAAGUGUAGGGGUUGUUUUUGGUCUGGACAUGUGAUUAUAUUCAUGUUGUUAACUAUCAGUGUGGGAAAUACCCUCUAAUUAAGUGACCCACCCACAACUAGUGUGGGGCAGAGGCAGAUCUUGAAAUCAGAAAAUGAAUAUGUUUUCCAUAAAUAGAAACAUUUCAAGGACUUUAUCAUCCACACAGAAAUACUGUGUUCAACAUGGACUCUGCAGGACAUUUCUUCCUUUACAGGGAUAAGUACUUUUGUGGAGUAUUUUUCUUGUUUCUUUGCCUGAUAUUUAUGAUCAGUGUUAUUAUUUCUUUUAUGUCUCUCAAAGAAUCUUGGAUGGAUGACUUUGUUGCAAAGAAUCCUCUAAGGCAAUAUUUUGCUAUUCUGAAACAAAUGCUUUUCUGAAUGAACAGUAAAGACAAUGGCAUUUUAUAUUCUCUACAUUUCAUUUAAUUUCAAAAUGGCAAAGAUAUGUGUCAUUAUUGAAUGUUGCUUGCAGAAGCCCUCUUGUUACCUUGCCUAAGAACUGAAUGAAUUGAAUAUUAGAAAUUGUUGAAUAAAAAAAAAUUACUCAAAGGGACAAGAAGAAAUAUUAAAACAAAUUUUAAAAAUGGGAAAAAAAGAAAGUUUUAGAACUAUAAAACACAAUUGACUUAGAAAAAAGAUCAAAGGGAGAUAAUUAAGCAUCAUCAGAGUAUCUGAAUAUCAGGACAAAAAAAAGCUUAGAUACUAUAUAUUAGGAAAUCAUGAAUGAAAAUAACCAAGAACCCUUAAGAACCAGACUGCAAACUGAAAAUAGAAAAAAUUUUACUGUCAUCUGAAAAAAUAAAAGGAGUUACUAGCAACAUCAGAACCAAAAUCCAGGAACUUCUAGGCCAAAGAAAAAAAUAUGACAAGUGGUCAGAAACAGAGUUCAAGUACCAACAAACCAUGGUCAGGAUUGCACAAUACUUGGCAAAUGCCACCAUAAAGGGGAGGAAAGGUUGUACUAUAAUAGUCAAAAAGAGGAAAGAUAAAGGCUAUAAGCAAGAAGUAUCUAUUCAACAAAAGUAAGUAUAAUCUUUCAGAGGAAAAGUGGAAUUUUCAUGAAACAGGAUUUUCAAACACUGCUGAUAAAAAGAUCUGUACUGAUUUGACAUUUUUGAAAUGGAAACCCAGGAGCAAAGGGAAAAUUGGAAUGUAUUAUGUGAGGAUGAAUUGUUUACAUGCUAAUAGGGAGAUAAAAAUUUCUUCUGAGAAUUCUAAUAUAUGUACAUAUAUAUUUAAACCCUUACCUUUUGUCUUGGAAUCUGUGUAUUGGUUCCAAGGCAGAAGAGUGGUAAAGGCUAGGCAAGAGGGAGAGGGGUGUUAAAUGACUUGCCCAGGGUCACACAGCUAGGAAGUGUCUGAGGCUAGAUUUGAACCCAGGACCUCCCAUCUGUGGGCCUCCCAUCUCUGGGCCUGACUCUCAAUCCAUUGAGCUACCUAGCUUCCCCCUCUAAUAUAUUCUUAAAGGUCAUAGAGAAAGAUCAAUCUGAGAUACAGUACCUUUCCUUAGUUUUGUUCUUUUUGAUAGUCUCAGGAAAAAGAUGGCAAGCAAUUAUGACUCCAACGGGAGCUAUUUAAAGAAAUUGUGGAUUCCAAAAAGUAAACUAGAAAAAGGGUAUAAACUGGUUACAAUUAUUUUAUAUGGAGGCAUAACCAACUACCAGUGAUUGUUUUAAGAGAAACCCAAAGAACUUUUAAAACACUUUCCUUAGCAAAUACCCAAUGGGCACUUUCCCCUACAGUAUUUGUUUCUAUGUAUCACCAUAUAAAACCAAAACCCCAAAACAUAUUCAAAUAAACAAGUGAUAAAUCA